CUCAAUUGUCUUGAAGCUUUUCUUCUGAUCAGACAUCCACCCGUAUGGCAUCAAAGAGGAUUCUAAAGGAGCUCAGGGAAUUGCAGAAAGACCCUCCAACUUCAUGCAGUGCAGGUCCUGUGGCAGAAGAUAUGUUCCACUGGCAAGCAACAAUAAUCGGCCCGAGUGACAGCCCCUACUGCGGUGGGGUUUUCCUUGUUGCCAUUCAUUUCCCUCCAGACUACCCUUUCAAGCCUCCAAAGGUUGCGUUUAGGACCAAAGUCUUCCAUCCAAACAUAAACAGUAAUGGGAAUAUCUGUCUAGAUAUUCUUAAGGAGCAGUGGAGUCCCGCACUCACCAUAUCGAAGGUUUUGCUUUCGAUAUGCUCCCUUCUUACGGACCCAAAUCCUGAUGAUCCACUAGUUCCUGAGAUUGCUCACGUAUACAAGACUGACAAAGCCAAGUACGAGACGAUGGCCCGUAGCUGGACUCAGAAGUAUGCAAUGGGCUGAGCCGUGCAAUUUUGUUGGCACU